GGCCUCGCAGCCCCUCGCCCGCCCUUACACUCAGCUGCGCCGCGGGAGGGGGCGCCCCGCCCCGGCCGUGGCAGGAGGAGGGGUCCCCAGGGAGGCCAGGGAGGGGGCUGUGGGUCUCCCGGCAGGGCGGACGGGGACUGAAUGUUAAUCGCAUCCCCAGCGAGCGUGCGGAGACCAGAGGCUGCGAGCAGACGAGCGAGUCCCUCCCGCUCCGGGGCCGCCGCGCCGCCCUCCAGCCGCCGCCGCCGCCGCCCGCCUUGGCCACCGGUGCCCGGCCGGGAGUGUCGCCGGCCUGGGGGUCCCCCGGCCCCCACGCGAGUCUCGUGCAUCUGCCCACGGCCCGUGCAACAUGUGCAGCCGCGUCCUCGUCUAGUGGGGGAACCGCAACCUUGGGGGACAGACAGGGCAGGACGGGACCCGAGAAGAGAAGGGUGAGCCGACAGAGCCCCCCAUCGCUGCCGCCACUGCCGCUGCCCUGGGGCCUGCCCCCCCAGCGGCACCGCCACCGAGAAUCUUCGGGUCACCGACUCUGGAUCCGGUCCUGGUCCCCCUGCCAUCCCCCCCACAGAGCAGGGUCAUGAAAAGAGGCCGCCCGGCGGGGUCCGCAGGCGAUGCGCGGCGCCGGUGGCCCCCGCGGCCCUCGGGGCCCCGCUAAGAUGCUGCUGCUGCUGGCGCUCGCCUGCGCCAGCCCGUUCCCGGACGAGGCUCCGGGGCCGGGCGGGGCCGGCGGACCGGGCGGGGGCCCCGGCGGGGCGCGGCCGCUCAACGUGGCGCUCGUGUUCUCGGGACCCGCGUAUGCCACCGAGGCGGCGCGCCUGGGUCCUGCCGUGGCGGCGGCCGUGCGCAGCCCGGGCCUGGACGUCCGGCCCGUGGCGCUGGUGCUCAACGGCUCGGACCCGCGCAGCCUCGUGCUGCAGCUCUGCGACCUGCUGUCGGGGCUGCGCGUGCACGGCGUGGUCUUCGAGGACGACUCGCGCGCGCCCGCCGUGGCGCCCAUCCUCGACUUCCUGUCGGCGCAGACCUCGCUGCCCAUCGUGGCCGUGCACGGCGGCGCCGCGCUCGUGCUCACGCCCAAGGAGAAGGGCUCCACCUUCCUGCAGUUGGGCUCCUCUACCGAGCAACAGCUUCAGGUGAUCUUCGAGGUGCUGGAGGAGUACGACUGGACGUCAUUCGUCGCAGUGACCACCCGUGCCCCCGGCCACCGGGCCUUUCUGUCUUACAUCGAGGUGCUGACGGACGGCAGCCUGGUGGGCUGGGAGCAUCGCGGGGCGCUGACGCUGGACCCGGGAGCUGGCGAGGCCGUGCUGGGUGCCCAGCUGCGCAGCGUCAGCGCUCAGAUCCGCCUGCUCUUCUGCGCCCGGGAGGAGGCCGAGCCGGUGUUCCGGGCAGCAGAGGAGGCCGGCCUCACCGGGCCCGGCUACGUCUGGUUCAUGGUGGGCCCCCAGCUGGCUGGAGGCGGGGGCUCAGGCGCCCCCGGGGAGCCCCUUCUGCUGCCUGGAGGUGCCCCGCUCCCCGCUGGCCUCUUCGCCGUGCGCUCAGCAGGAUGGCGCGAUGAUCUGGCCCGACGUGUGGCCGCUGGUGUGGCCGUGGUGGCCAGAGGGGCCCAGGCUCUGCUGCGUGAUUAUGGCUUCCUGCCCGAGCUCGGCCACGACUGUCGCGCCCAGAACCGCACGCACCGAGGGGAAAGCCUCCAUAGGUACUUCAUGAACAUCACUUGGGAUAACCGGGAUUACUCCUUUAACGAGGACGGCUUUCUGGUGAACCCCUCGCUAGUGGUCAUCUCCUUAACCAGAGACAGGACAUGGGAGGUGGUGGGCAGCUGGGAGCAGCAGACCCUCCGCCUCAAGUACCCGCUGUGGUCCCGCUACGGCCGCUUCUUGCAGCCGGUGGACGACACGCAGCACCUCAUGGUGGCCACACUAGAGGAGCGGCCCUUUGUCAUCGUGGAGCCCGCCGAUCCCAUCAGUGGCACUUGCAUCCGGGACUCUGUUCCCUGCCGCAGCCAGCUCAACCGCACCCACAGCCCCCCGCCAGAUGCCCCCCGCCCAGAGAAGCGGUGCUGCAAGGGCUUCUGCAUCGACAUUCUGAAACGGCUGGCGCACACCAUCGGCUUCAGCUAUGACCUCUACCUGGUCACCAACGGGAAGCACGGGAAGAAGAUCGACGGUGUCUGGAACGGCAUGAUCGGGGAGGUGUUCUACCAGCGCGCCGACAUGGCCAUCGGCUCCCUCACCAUCAAUGAGGAACGGUCGGAGAUCGUAGACUUCUCCGUACCCUUCGUGGAGACCGGCAUCAGUGUGAUGGUGGCACGCAGCAACGGCACCGUGUCACCCUCGGCCUUCCUCGAGCCCUACAGCCCUGCCGUUUGGGUGAUGAUGUUCGUUAUGUGCCUCACCGUGGUUGCUGUCACUGUUUUCAUCUUCGAGUACCUCAGCCCCGUGGGCUACAACCGCAGCCUGGCCACAGGCAAACGCCCUGGCGGCUCGACCUUCACCAUCGGGAAAUCCAUCUGGCUGCUCUGGGCCCUGGUGUUCAAUAACUCGGUGCCCGUGGAGAACCCGCGAGGUACCACGAGCAAAAUCAUGGUACUGGUGUGGGCCUUCUUUGCCGUCAUCUUCCUCGCCAGCUACACAGCCAACCUGGCCGCCUUCAUGAUCCAGGAGGAGUAUGUGGACACGGUGUCUGGGCUCAGUGAUCGAAAGUUCCAGCGGCCCCAGGAGCAAUACCCACCCCUGAAGUUUGGGACAGUGCCCAACGGGUCCACGGAGAAGAACAUCCGCAGCAACUACCCCGACAUGCACAGCUACAUGGUUCGCUACAACCAACCCCGCGUUGAGGAGGCGCUCACGCAGCUCAAGGCAGGGAAGCUGGACGCCUUCAUCUACGACGCAGCUGUGCUGAAUUACAUGGCCCGCAAGGACGAGGGCUGCAAGCUGGUCACCAUCGGCUCGGGCAAGGUCUUCGCCACCACGGGCUACGGCAUCGCCCUGCACAAAGGUUCCCGCUGGAAGCGACCCAUCGACUUGGCGCUCUUGCAGUUCCUGGGGGACGACGAGAUUGAGAUGCUGGAGCGGCUGUGGCUGUCAGGGAUCUGCCACAACGACAAGAUCGAGGUGAUGAGCAGCAAGCUGGACAUCGACAACAUGGCAGGCGUGUUCUACAUGCUGCUGGUAGCCAUGGGCCUCUCCCUGCUGGUCUUCGCUUGGGAGCACCUGGUGUACUGGCGCCUGCGCCACUGCCUGGGACCCACACAGCGCAUGGACUUCCUGCUGGCCUUCUCCCGGGGCAUGUACAGUUGCUGCAGCGCCGAGGCCGCCCCGCCGCCCGCCAAGCCGCCCCCACCGCCGCAGCCGCUGCCCAGCCCGGCCUACCCCCCGGGGCGGCCCGCGCCGGGCCCCGCGCCCUACGUGCCCCGCGAGCGCGCCUCCGUGGACCGCUGGCGCCGCAGCAAGGGGCCCGGGCCGCCGGGGGCCGCGGGCCUGGCCGACGGCUUCCACCGCUACUACGGCCCCAUCGAGCCGCAGGGUCUGGGCGUGGGCGAGGCGCGCGCGGCCCCGCGCGGGCCCGGGGGUCGCCCGCUGUCGCCGCCGGCCGCGCAGCCCCCGCAGAAGCCCCCGCCCUCCUACUUCGCCAUCGUGCGCGACAAGGAGCCUGCCGAACCCCCCGGGGGCGCCUUCCCGGGCUUCCCGUCGCCCCCCGCGCCCCCCGCCGCCGCCGGGCCCGGGCCCGCGGGGGCCGGGGCCGUCGGGCCGCCGCUGUGCCGCCUGGCCUUCGAGGACGAGAGCCCGCCGGCGCCCGCGCGCUGGCCGCGCUCCGACCCCGAGAGCCAGCCGCUGCUCGGGCCCGGCGCGGGGGGCGCGGGGGGCGCGGGCGGCGGCGCCCCGGCGGCGCCCCCGCCGCGCCGCGCCGCGCCGCCCCCCUGCCCCUACCUGGACCUCGAGCCGUCGCCGUCCGACUCGGAGGACUCGGAGAGCCUGGGCGGCGCGUCGCUGGGGGGCCUGGAGCCCUGGUGGUUCGCCGACUUCCCCUACUCGUACGCGGAGCGCCUGGGGCCGCCCCCCGGCCGCUACUGGUCGGUCGACAAGCUGGGGGGCUGGCGGGCCGGCAGCUGGGACUACCUGCCCCCGCGCGGCGGCCCGGCCGCCUGGCACUGCCGCCACUGCGCCAGCCUGGAGCUGCUGCCGCCGCCGCGCCACCUCAGCUGCUCGCACGACGGCCUGGACGGCGGCUGGUGGGCGCCGCCGCCGCCGCCUUGGGCCGCGGGACCCCCGCCCCGCCGCCGCGCCCGCUGCGGCUGUCCCCGGCCGCACCCGCACCGGCCCCGGGCCUCGCACCGCGCGCCCGCCGCCCCGCACCACCAUCGCCACCGGCGGGCCGCGGGGGGCUGGGACUUCCCGCCGCCCGCGCCCACCUCGCGCUCGCUCGAGGACCUGAGCUCGUGUCCCCGCGCCGCGCCCGCGCGCCGCCUGACCGGGCCCUCGCGCCACGCGCGCCGCUGCCCGCACGCCGCGCACUGGGGGGGGCCGCCGCUGCCCUCCGCUUCGCACCGCAGACACCGGGGCGGGGACCUGGGCACUCGCCGGGGCUCGGCGCACUUCUCCAGUCUCGAGUCCGAGGUAUGACGCGGCCCCCCUCGGUCAGCGCAGGCCACGACCCGAGGGGGCGCGCGCGCGCCCCGCAAGGACCCCCGCACGGCGGGUUGGGGAAGGAAAAGAAAAGCACGGAGCCCGCCCGACGCCCCGCCUGGAAGCGGUUGGAGGGAUAUGGGGGUCCCCCACAUCUCGCCCAGCCCAGGACUGGAGAGGGCGGGGAUCUCGCAGCCCACUGGACUUCUUUUUUUUUUUUCUAAAACCCGACAAGGGCUUUUUAACGUCACCAGAUGGGGCGGGGGGUGGGGAGUCACGCCACGCCCGCGCCCCACCACCGCGCCAGGGCCCGCGGCCCCACAUCACUGUGCAGCUCCCCGGCCCCAGCCACGCCUCCGGGGAAGCCCGUUUUUAGACCUUUCUCAUCCAUCGGGACUCAAAACUGUGAGAUGCGUUCGCCAAACUGUGACCCCAGACCUCGGCCCCGCCACACAGAACCACCCCCUCCGACCCCAGACUGUGACUUCCGACCCCCCAAAAUUAUUAUCGGACCCCAGACUGUGACCCCGACCCCAAACUGUGACCCGAACCCCAGACUGGGCCCCGACCAGACUGUGACCCUUGACGUCAAACCGUGACACCGCCCCCUGACCCCUACCCUAGAUGGUUUUUACCAACUUGGACCUCGGACACGUCUUUAACGGAAGCCCCUUCUCCCCGCCCCCAUUGGACAUCCUCGCCCCUGCC